GCCACACAUCGCUGUGUUAUGCUUCCAUGAAAACACAUGGCAGUGCGUUGAGAAAAUUUUGAAUCAGGGUAUUUGAAAAGCUAACAUCGGGCAUCAACAUCAAAAGUAUUUAGUUUAUUCUAAGAGCAAGUAUUAAAAAUGUCUGAUCUCUCGGAUGCAUCUGUUGAAAAUGAUUUUGUGUCUAACAUUCCGUCAAUAGCCAAACAGCAACGAAAAAUAAUACCUGUUAACAAUGUGGUUGGACUUCAAGAAAAAUUAAAAGAUAUUCAGCUUAACAUGGACUGGAUUGAGAAACUGGAUAUAACAGUGAAAUCAUCUACAGAAUCAGAAGAUUCAGAUAAAAAAGCAGCAAUUGAUACAGAAGCUGAACAUGACUUCAAAAGGGAAAUGUUAUUUUACAAUCAAGCAUUGGAAGGAGUAACCAAAGCUUUUAAAAAAUUGAAGAAAAUGGGCAUUCCAACUAAGCGUCCCGAUGAUUAUUUUGCUGAAAUGGCAAAGUCAGAUGCACAUAUGUUAAAGGUACGAGAAAAACUCUUAAACAAACAAAUGGUUGUUGAAAGGACUGAGAAAGUGAGAGCUCUGCGAGAACAGAAAAAACAAGGCAAAAAGAUCCAGAGAGAAAUCAUUGAAAGUAGAAAGCGGGAAAAGAAGCAAAUGAUAAAUGCUUUAAAGAAAACUAAAAAAGGCAAAAUGGAUGCUGAUAAGCUUCUAGGUGAAAAGAAAGGGCCAGGGAAAGAAAAUUUCAAAAAGAAAAAAAGUCGAGAAUUUAGAGAUUCAAAAUAUGGUUAUGGUGGUAAAAAGAAAGGUUCCAAAUAUAACACAGCAGAGAGCAGUGCCAUGCACCCUUCAAAAGGGCCCAAAGGAAAGAAACCUCAGUUUGGAAAACAGAGAAGAACAAAGCACAGAAGGAGGAGAUAGGAUAAAAUAUUUUGUUGUUAGACCUGAUAUUCUUCUUGUUUGUGGGUUUUUUUAAAUAAAACUUGUUUGUAAAUA